AUGGCCACCAAACAAGAUACCACCGCUAUUACCGCCGCUGCAGAGGCUCACAUUGUCUCUUAUAUCGCCGAUCUCACAUCGCCCGUCUUCAAGAAGUCCAUCGAGCGCGCUACGAAAAUGGCCACCUACUACCUUCCAACCAUUUCUUUCUUUGCAAAUGGUGCUCUUACUCAACUUUCUGACCCAUCGCUCUAUGUUUCGCUUAUAUCUGGGCCUCUUGAUAAGUUGGAUGGCGUUCCGUUCAAAGUGGCUGGAUACAGAGUCGAGGCUGUGGGCGAGAACUCUGCAAUUGCAUGGCUGUCAUUGAAUGUCGAUGGUAAUGAGAUGGCAAAUGUAUACUUCUUUAGACGGAUGGAUGAUGGAGUUGAAGGGUUUGAAGGGGGAAUAUUCGAUGGAGAGAUGUGGAUGCUAAAGCAGCUGGGGAGGGAGUAA